UACGAUGCAGAGGUGACUGACCUCGAUCUCGGGCGUAUAAGUGGUUGGAAUCUAACUAGGUCAUGGAUAUCGACGCGAUAUCAAACAAUGACUUUUCCGGACAAGCCAAUCGCUCACCUACUAGGUUCUAAUGGCCCCGUUCACGCGCUCGCGUACUCGGCCUCGCCGGGGACGUACAUCCUAGCCGGCUCCGCGGACCGGUCCAUCAGGCUGUACAACCCGCAGCCCAGCACGUCUAUCCACCCAAAUUCGCAUAUCACUAAGAAGAGCAACCCUGGACCCCCGGUCGUACCGGAAGGUCGCCUUAUUCAGACGUACUCGGCGCACGGGUACGAGGUGCUAUCGCUGACCGUCGCCUCGGACAACGCGCGCUUCGCGUCGUCAGGCGGUGACCGCGCCGUCUUCCUAUGGGACGUAGCAUCGGCGCAGACACUACGGCGCUUCGGCGGCACUCAGCAAAGCCACACCGCGCGUAUCAACUGCGUAGCCUUCGCUGGUGAGGACGAUAGUCUUCUCGUGAGCGGUAGUCUUGAUACCAGCGUGCGAAUCUGGGACGUGAAGAGCAACUCCCUCAAGCCGAUCCAGGUCUUAACCGAAGCCCGCGACUCCAUCAGCGCUGUUGCCGUGCGCGGAUCCGAGAUCGUUAGUGGUAGCGUCGAUGGACGCGUUAGGACGUACGAUGUGCGUAUGGGGCGGUGUACCACUGAUGUCAUUGGUCCUAGCGUUACAAGCCUGUGCUUAACGAAAGACGGAAAGGCUAUGUUGGUGAGCAGUCUCGAUAGUAAGCUCCGCUUAAUGGAUAGGGAGAGUGGAGGAUGUCUAAAGACAUACUCUGAUCCUGAGUGGAAGAAUGAAGACCUACGUGUCCAGUCUAUUCUUGGUGGGAAAGAGCAAUUCGUCCUGGCGGGGGAUGAGAUGACAGGUGCGCCUGGUCGGCACGGAGAAGGGAGGAUAUGGGCAUGGGAUGUUCUCACGGGGGAGUUGAAAGCUAAAGUAGUUGUACCCUGGGGACCUGCUGGUCUUGAACCAAAGAAGUUCAUUGGUAAAGAUGGUAAGCCCAAGGAACGUAGCAAUGUCCUAAGUUGCUUUUCUUGGAGGGAGAAUGGAUUUGGGGAUCAAUAUUGUGUUAGUGGUACAUCUGGUAUUGUCACGGUAUUUGGAUAUAAUUGAUACAAGUCUUCCCUAACCUAGAUCAUUCAAAUAGUCUUGCGAUUUCAUAAAGGAUAUCCAACGUAUCAAACAGCAUACUUUGACACCUAGUACGGACAAUCCUUAAUAUCGGAUCCAGGCAAAAAUAGUUGGUUGAUUAUACCAUGCCAACCUAAGAAAACAG